AUGACUACACCAGAAGGGGAAGACCGAGCCAAAAUCGAAAAAAAAAAUUCUUCUUUGGGACCUAUAUGGAAGCAGGUUUCAGAAUUUAUGGAUCAUAGCAGCAUUCAUGGAUUUAAAUAUUUAACUGGAAGUAAUCGAACAAUCUUCGAAAAAAGUCUCUGGUUUUUAGUACUGUCUGUGUCGGUCUAUACGUGUUCGAUAUUGAUUAAGUCGACGUGGCAAAAAUGGGAGGAAAAUCCCACUUUCGUGUCUUUUAGUCAGACUCCUGUGCGUGUAUGGGAAAUUCCAUUCCCAGCAGUUACUAUUUGCUUUGAUUAUGCGUAUAACAAACAGUCAAAUUAUACGUUCUCGUGCACCCCCGACGGAAAAGACUGGCACGUAGGUACUGCCUCAGAGGCCUGUGAAGCCUAUGGACACUACAAGUUUUUUAACGAAUUUAGCUUGAAGGAAUUUUCUGAGGGACCAAAAUGGGAAGAGUUUACUAUUCGGUUAAAAUCAGUACUAUUCUCUCCGACUCUAACAAGAUUAGGAGUCUGCUAUUCCUUCAAUACGCUGGACAAAACGAAUCUUCUGAGUAACGCCAGGUAA